CUACAUGCUCCACUCUUCCUCUGUGAAAAUGGUGAUAUUCCAUCACAAAAUUGGUUUGACAAGAAGUUUUUUGCAAUUCUAGGCAGAGACUUUGGUGGUCACUCCACUAGGGCUGGAGAAGCUAUGUUUUAUGCAUUGCUCAGACUUUCAGAGUCUAUCAUACAAGCUCUUGGUCAGUGGUCUUCUAAAAUAUAG